GAAUGGAUUGAAGAUUUUGACAAAGAAAUAAGGAAAUCAAAUCGUAAUGUUUUACUCAUCCUAGAUGGUGCCUCUUCACAUGUUACUGGUGCUGUUACUCUAACUAAUGUAGAAGUACUUAAGUUACUUCCAUAUGUAACAUCAAAAAUACAGCCUAUAGAUGCUGGUAUUAUUGCAUCAUUUAAGACUCAUUAUCGUCACAUGCAACUUCAAUGUGCACUGGAUCUUGAUGAAGCUAGGAAAUGCGACAUAUAUAAAAUCGAUCAAUUGCAGGCUAUGAGAUGGGUAAAGCAAACGAUAGAUGCAUUGUGCAUUCGUAAUCCAAUGCCAAUUAAAGAUUUGUUAGACCUUGAGGAGGAAAAAACAGAGAUACACCAACAAUUUAAUGAUGAUGACUUU